UCGGCCGUGGCCAUGGGAGAGGCGCCGGAACGCUGAGGAUGCGGAGCUGCGGGGCGGGGGCGGCGCGGGCGGUGCGGACACAUGGAGCUGGGUCCUGGGGCGCUGCUGGGGCGGAUCCCCCCCCUCGUCGGAUUUGGUACGCGCCAGCGGGAGGCCAGGCCCAGCCCAGGCGGUACAAUAGGGUUGGGCCGAGGCCGGGACUGGGCCGGCGCCGGUCAGGGAGCGGGAUCGUGGCCGCAGCCGAGGGACCCUGGGCAACUGGCACCUCCGAGCCUGGCGCGCCACCUGCCUCGACCUUCCCCGGAGCGCCCCUGCCUCCGAGUCGCUGCCCGCCGGGCCGGGCCGGGCGUGAUGCGCCGCGGGACCCCAGUCCUGGCCGCCGGCCGCCGCCGCCGCCGCCGCUGCUGAGACCCCGAGACCCCCAGUGACGCCGCAGCCAUGGAGAGCUGCCCGCGUGUGGAGCUGGGGGCAGGCGCACCCCCAGCUGUGGUCGCCAGGACCCCCCCAGAGCCAAGACCUUCUCCAGAAGGUGACCCUUACCCACCACCACCACCGAUGUCAGCCCUGGUCCCUGACACUCCCCCAGACACCCCUCCUGCCAUGAAGAAUGCCACUAGCUCUAAGCAGCUCCCACUGGAACCAGAGAGCCCCUCAGGGCAGGUCGGGCCUAGGCCAGCCCCCCCGCAGGAAGAGUCCCCUUCCUCUGAAGUAAAAAGCGGAGGACCCACCCCACCAGCCACAGGCCCACGAGAUGCCAGACCUCCUCGAAGGAGCAGCCAGCCAUCUCCAACAGCAGUGCCAGCCUCUGACAGCCCUCCCACCAAGCAAGAGGUGAAGAAGGCAGGAGAGAGACACAAGCUGGCAAAGGAGCGGCGAGAAGAGCGGGCCAAGUACCUGGCGGCCAAGAAGGCAGUGUGGCUGGAGAAGGAGGAGAAGGCCAAGGCACUGCGGGAGAAGCAACUCCAGGAGCGCCGCCGGCGGCUGGAGGAGCAACGGCUUAAAGCCGAGCAACGCCGCGCAGCCCUGGAGGAACGGCAGCGGCAGAAGCUUGAGAAAAACAAGGAGCGCUAUGAAGCAGCCAUCCAACGGUCAGUGAAGAAGACGUGGGCCGAAAUCCGGCAGCAGCGCUGGUCCUGGGCAGGGGCCCUGCACCACAGCUCUCCAGGACAUAAGACCAAUCGCAGCCUGCAGCUGAGCGCAUGGGAGAGCAGCAUCGUGGAUCGUCUGAUGACGCCCACCCUCUCCUUCCUUGCUCGGAGUCGCAGCGCCGUCACACUGCCCCGCAACGGCCGGGACCAGGGUAGGGGCUGCGACCCUGGGAGAGGCCCCACGUGGGGCCGGGCAGGGGCCAGCCUGGCGCGCGGGCCGCAACCCGACCGCACUCAUCCUUCUGCAGCCGUGCCGGUGUGCCCGCGCUCGGCCUCCGCCAGCCCCCUGACGCCGUGCAGCGCCCCCCGAAGCGUGCACCGCUGCGCCCCCGCCGGUGAGCGCGGGGAGCGCCGCAAGCCCAGCGCCGGGGGUAGCCCUGCUCCUGUGCGCCGCCGGCCGGAGGCCUCGCCGGUGCAGAAAAAGGAGAAGAAGGACAAGGAGAGGGAAAACGAGAAAGAGAAGAGUGCCCUGGCGCGCGAGCGCAGCCUCAAGAAGCGCCAGUCGCUGCCUGCCUCCCCGCGCGCCCGCCUCUCGGCUAGCGCGGCCUCUGAGUUCAGCCCCAAAUCCAAGGCCCGGCCAUCCUCUCCCUCCACAUCCUGGCACAGGCCUGCCUCCCCCUGCCCCUGCCCAGGGCCAGGCCACACUCUGCCUCCAAAGCCACCGUCCCCCCGAGGCAUCACUGCAUCCCCCAAGGGACGGGUUCGGAGGAAGGAGGAGGCAAAGGAGAGCCCAAGCGCCGCAGGGCCCGAGGACAAGAGCCAGAGCAAGCGCAGGGCCAGUGACGAGAAGGAGCCAGCAGCCCCAGCCUCACCGGCACCCUCACCGGCGCCCUCGCCCACCCCAGCCCCGCCCCAGAAGGAGCAGCUCCCCGCGGAGACCCCUGCAGACGCUGCUGUCUCGACCUCACCCCCAGCCCCUGCUCCCCCGGUGACCCCUGGCAAACCAAUGGCCGGCACCACAGACCGAGAAGAGGCCACUCGGCUCCUGGCUGAGAAGCGGCGCCAGGCCCGGGAGCAGCGGGAGCGCGAGGAGCAGGAGCGGAGGCUGCAGGCAGAAAGGGACAAGCGAAUGCGAGAAGAGCAGCUGGCGCGGGAGGCGGAGGCCCGGGCGGAGCGGGAGGCGGAGGCCCGGAGGCGGGAGGAGCAGGAGGCGCGAGAGAAGGCGCAGGCCGAGCAGGAGGAGCAGGAGCGGCUGCAGAAGCAGAAAGAGGAGGCGGAAGCUCGGUCGCGGGAAGAGGCGGAAAGGCAGCGUCUGGAGAGGGAAAAGCACUUCCAGCAGCAGGAGCAGGAGCGGCAAGAGCGCAGAAAGCGUCUGGAGGAGAUCAUGAAGAGGACUCGGAAGUCAGAAGUUGCUGAAACCAAGAAGCAGGACAGCAAGGAGGCCAACGCCAACGGUUCCAGCCCAGAGCCUGUGAAAGCUGUAGAGGUUCGGCCGCCAGGACUGCAGAAGGAGGCUGUGCAGAAGGAGGAGCCCGCCCCACAGGAACCUCAGUGGAGCCUCCCAAGCAAGGAGUUGCCAGGGUCCCUGGUGAAUGGCCUGCAGCCCCUCCCAGCACACCAGGAGAAUGGCUUCUCCCCCAAGGGACCCUCUGGGGACAAGAGUCUGGGCCGAACACCAGAGGCACUUCUGCCCUUUGCAGAGGCGGAAGCCUUCCUCAAGAAAGCUGUGGUGCAGUCCCCGCAGGUCACAGAAGUCCUUUAAGACGGGUUGCCUUGGAUCCGGGCACAGCUUCGAGGGCUCCUCUGCAUCACCUACCAGGAUGUCAGGAGGAGAAAAAGAACAAAGAUGGAAGUGGCCUGGGCCCCUGGGGAUGGGUCCUCUCUGUUGUUUUUAAUCUGCACCUUAUGGACUGAUGUCUCUUUGGCUGGAGCCAGAUCUCCCCCCAGUGCAUUCGUGUGCUCGCACGCGUGGACAUCCCCUCUCCCCCAUACACACACAUACACUCACAGCCUCUCUGGUCUCUUCCCUUGGGGAGGGGCCACCUGUAGUAUUUGCCUUGGUUUGGUGGGGUACAGUGGAUGUGAAUACUGUAAAUAGCUUGUGCUCAGACUCCUCUGCGUGGAGAGGGUGGGUGCAGGAGGCAGACCCUCCCCCCAAAGUCCCCUGGGGAGAUCUUCCUCUCUCUAUUUAACUGUAACUGAGGGGGAUCCCAGGUCUGGGGAUGGGAGACACCUUGGGCCACAGGAUACUGGUUGCUUUAGGGGUACCCAUUCCCCCUGCGCUCGCCUGGAAUCAGUGUUACUGCAUCUGAUUAAAUGUCUGCAGAAAUAAAGUGAGAAUAAUUCUGC